AUGAAGCAAUUCUUCGAAGGUUUGCUAAAAGCUUCAUUUACUGCUUUUGAGGGGAAAAUCGUUCAACAGUUCUCCGAUAGAAUCGACAAGAUAGAGACAGCGGUAACAAGCAGGCUCGGGAAGUUGGAGAGUGAGGUUUCACAGCUCAGGACCGCAUUAGUCCUCACCGAAAUGGUGGGAAAGACUGAUCAACAUACCGGUCCUAGCAAGAGUGGAGUAGACACAGCUCCUGCCUUCACCCAAAAAGACACACUUCCUGCCUUCUCCAAGAAAGACAGAGCUCCAGCCAAGACCAAAAAAGUCACAGCUCCUGCCAUCUCCAAAAAUGACACAGCUCCUGCCAUCUCCAAAAAGACACAGCUCCUGCCAAGAGUCAAAAUGAAACAACUUCUGCAAAGAGUACAAAAGUCACAGGGCUGCGAAAAAAAAGAAUUAAUCACCGAUGAUCCUCUUAUUGAUUUACCUGGAGUAAACUUGACUCUAACACCAGGAAUUGAUGUUCAUAUGAGUAUACAAGAUUACUUGCAAAGCUGCUUCCAAGACCUUUCACAGGAUACAUUUGUAGAGGGUUUUGAUCCUUCUCAGCCUAAAACCGAUGAUCCUUUGGCUUUGUCCUCUCCAGGAACAUCAGAGAAGAUAGAUGUUCGGGAAUUAAAUGACUAUCAAAUUUUACGAGCCGGUGAGAACGAUCCUGAUGCGCAAUUGGUAUAUGUGGAUCCAGAAAAUUUUAAAAGACUUCAAGAGUGGCAGGACUUAAGAACAGGUUUACAGGCUGUCUACUAA